AUGGUUGAUAAAUUUGUUUCGGCUGAAUUUCCUAAUGAGAUAAAUGACCCAAUAAUGUUUGAUACCGUAAGCAAAUGUAUGGUUCAUGGUCCAUGUGGAGAGCGAGAUCCAUAUGCAGCGUGUAUGGAAAAAGGAAAAUGUACAAAAGGAUAUCCUAAGAAGUACACCGACACAACAGCUUUGGACGAGGGUGGGUAUCCGAGUUAUCGUCGUCGUCGGGAUGGAAUAGAAGUAACUAUCAGAAACAACAAAAAGGCGUAUAAUAUAGAUGUUGUACCCUAUAACCCGCAUCUAUCAAGAAUGUUCAAUUGCCACAUCAAUGUGGAAAUAUGUGCAGGAAUAAGAGCUGUAAAAUAUAUUAACAAAUACAUUUACAAAGGUGGUGACCGAGCUACGAUUGUUUUGGGAGAACAUGACGGGAUUCAACAAUAUAUUGAUGCGAGGUACAUUGGACCACAUGAGGUUGUAUGGCGUUUGAUUGAGUACCACUUGCAUGAAGAAUAUCCUGUUGUACAACGGUUGGCAAUUCAUUUACAGAAUAGGCAACGGGUUGUUUAUAACACAAGGCAAUCAAUGACCUUGGUUAUACGAACAGCAUAG